UUUACCUGUCGCCAUUUUACACUCGGACAAACGCAUUUCUUCAAAACAGAAAUCUUGACUAUCAAAAUGUCAAUAUAUUGGUUUAGUCGCUUAAUUGUACUUGUUAACUACGACUUGAGUAGGCUAUCUAAACAUUUUCAUUGAGGGUCAGUUGUAGAGAUCAGAUUGAUCAGAUUCACCUCUGAAGCUCCAUCAUGGAUCGAACACAGAAAUCAACAGAGAGAGAUUUUUCUCCAGGAGACAGUUUAUUUCAUCGGAAGGGAUCCGAUCCAGGGUUGAGCUGUGUGUCUAUGAAGAGUUGCUGGUCUAUGGAGCCGCCAUUAAAAUUUAAGAGUGAAGAUACAAAGCGUGAUCUUAGUUCAGUUCAUCGAAAGAGAUCAGAUUCAGAGUUGAGCUGUGUGUCUAUGAAGAGUAACUGGUCUAUGGAGCCGCCAGCAACGUUUAAAAGUGAAGAUACAAGGCCUGAUCUCAGUUCAGUUCAUCAGAAGAGAUCAGAUCCAGCGUUCAGUUCUGUGUCUAUGAAGAGUAGCUGGUCUAUGGAGCCACCAUUAAAGUUUAAGACUGAAGAUACAAGGCCUGAUCUCAGUUCAGUUCAUCAGAAGAGAUCAGAUCCAGAGUUGAGCUGUGUGUCUAUGAAGAGUAGCUGGUCUAUGGAGCCGCCAUUAAAGUUUAAGAGUGAAGAGACAAGGCCAGAUCUCAGAAAAAUCGUAAAAGAACCCAUCUGUCAAAGGAGGAAGUCUGAAAAUCCUGUGUCCUUGUGUCCUGAUUUCAGCCUUGAGUCUGAUCUUGCUAAAGUUCAAAACACAUUCAGAUCAAAUCUGAAAAAGAAGUUUGAGUGUUUGUAUGAGGUGACAUCAAACGAGAGAAACCCAACGCUGCUGAAUGAGAUCUACACAGAGCUCUACAUCACAGAGAGUGAAAGUGGAGAGAUCAGUAAUGAACAUGAGGUCAGACAGAUUGAGACACAAUCCAGAAGAACAGCAACAGAGGAGACACCAAUCAAAUGUAAAGACAUCUUUAAACCUUUACCUGAACAAGACAAACACAUCAGAAGUGUGCUGACAAAGGGAGUCGCUGGCAUUGGAAAAACAGUCUCUGUACAGAAGUUCAUUCUGGACUGGGCUGAAGAGAAAGAGAAUAAGGACGUCCACCUCAUAUUUCCACUUCCUUUCAGAGAGAUCAAUUUGAUGAAGGACAAAACCCUCAGUCUUUUAGAUCUUCUUCAUCUUUUCUUCCCAGCAACAAAAGAAAUGGAAAUAUUCAAUGAUAAAUAUAAAGUGUUAUUCAUAUUUGAUGGUUUGGAUGAGUGUCGUCUGUCUCUGGAUUUUCACAGCAUUGUGAGGUUUUGUGAUGUAAGUGAAUCAACCUCAGUGGACGUAAUGCUGACAAACCUCAUCAAGGGGAAUCUGUUUCCCUCUGCUCUCAUCUGGAUCACCUCCAGACCAGCAGCAGCUAAUUUUAUCCCCUCUGACUGUGUUGAUCGAGUCACAGAGGUACGAGGCUUCAGUGAUCCACAGAAGGAGGAAUACUUCAGGAAGAGAAUCAGUAAUAAGAGUCUGUCGGAUCAAAUCAUCUCACACCUGAAGUCAUCCAGGAGUCUCUACAUCAUGUGCCACAUCCCAGUGUUCUGCUGGAUUUCAGUCACUGUUCUAAAGAGUAUGUUGAGUGAAACCGAGAGAAGAGAGAUCCCCAAGACUCUUACUCAAAUGUACACACACUUCCUAAAAAUUCAGACGAACAUCAAAAAUCAGAAGGACUAUGAGAAGAAAAUAAAGGAUGAAGACAUGAUCUUCAAACUGGGCAAACUGGCUUUUGAGCAGCUUGUGAAAGGCAAUCUGAUCUUCUAUGAUGAAGACUUGAGAGAGUGUGGCAUUGAUGGAGCAGAAGCAUCAGUGUACUCAGGAUUGUGUACUCAGAUCUUCAGAGAGGAGUUUGGUUUGUAUCAGGUGAAAGUUUACUGCUUCGUUCAUCUGAGCAUCCAGGAACAUCUAGCAGCUCUUUACGCUCACAUCUCCUUCUCAAACAACAACAGAAAUGUGUUUAUUAAAAACCCUAAUCCAACUCAAAGAGAGAAGGCAUCAACAGCUAAAUUUCAUCAGAGAGCUAUAGAUGAGACUCUACAAAGUGAAAAUGGACAUUUAGAUCUUUUUCUUCGUUUUCUUUUGGGUUUGUCACUGGAGUCGAAUCAGAAUCUCAUACGAACUUUGAUGACACAGACACAUCACAGCUCUCACAGCAAUGAGAAAACAAUUGAGUAUAUCAAGAAGAAGAUCAGGAGCACUCAAUCUCCGGAGAAAUCCAUCAAUCUGUUUCACUGUCUGAAUGAACUGGGUGAUCAUUCACUAGUGGAGGAAAUCCAACGUCAUCUAAAAUCAAAAAAAUUAAGUGAAGCCAAACUCUCUUCAUCUCAGUGGUCAGCUGUAGUUUUUGUGUUGUUGACAUCAGAACAGAAGCUUAAUGAGUUUAAUCUGAAGGAUUUUGUUAAAGGAGAAAACAAAACUGAAACGCUAAAAGUUCUUCAGAAGCUGUCGCCUGUGAUUUGUGAAUCCAGAUCAGUUCAGUUGAAAAGUUGUAAUAUCACAGAUGAAGGUUGUGUCCCUCUGACGUUAGCUCUGAGAUCAAACCCUUCACACCUGAGAGAUCUGGAUGUGAGCUUGAAUUAUCUUAGAGAUUCUGGAGUGAAGCUGAUCUGUGAUGUACUGAAGAAUCCUGACUGUAAACUGGAGAUACUGAAGUUGUGUAGGUGUAAUAUCACAGCUGAAGGUUGUGUUGCUCUGACUUCAGCUCUGAGAUCAAACCCAUCACACCUGACACAUCUGAAUCUGUCCGAGAAUAAACUGAGAGAUUCAGGAGUGAAGGUGAUCUCUGAUGUACUGAAGAAUCCUGACUGUAAACUGAAGAUCCUGGAAUUGUGGGGUUGUAAUAUGACAGGUGAAGGUUGUGUUGCUCUGACUUCAGCUCUGAGAUCAAACCCAUCACACCUGACACAUCUAGAUUUGUCUUAUAAUGAGGAUUUAAGAGAUUCAGGAGUGAAGCUGAUCUGUGAUGUACUAAAGAAUCCUGACUGUAAACUGGAGAUACUGGGGUUGAGGAAGUGUAAUAUCACAGAUGAAGGUUGUGUUGCUCUGACUUCAGCUCUGAGAUCAAACCCAUCACACCUGAGAGAUCUGGAUCUGACUGAUAAUAACAAUCUAAGAGAUUCAGGAGUGAAACUGAUCUCUGAUGCACUGAAGAAUCCUGACUGUAAACUGGAGAUACUGGAGUUGGAGCGGUGUAAAAUCUCAGAUGAAGGUUGUGUUGCUCUGACUUCAGCUCUGAGAUCAAACCCAUCACACCUGAGAGAUCUGAAGCUGUCUGAUAAUAAACUCACAGAUUCAGGAGUGAAGCUGAUCUCUGAUGUACUGAAGAAUCCUGACUGUAAACUGGAGAUACUGGAGUUGGAGCGGUGUAAAAUCACAGAUGAAGGUUGUGUUGCUCUCACUUCAGCUCUGAGAUCAAACCCAUCACACCUGAGAGAUCUGAAGCUGUCUGAUAAUGAUCUAAGAGAUUCAGGAGUGAAGCUGAUCUCUGAUGUACUGAAGAAUCUUGACUGCAAACUUGAGAAACUAGAUUUGGAGCGGUGUAAAAUCACAGAUGAAGGUUGUGUUGCUCUGAAUUCAGCUCUGAGAUCAAACCCAUCACACCUGAGAGAUCUGAAGCUGACUGGAAAUAAUCUUGGAGUUUCAGGAGUGAAGCUGAUCUCUGAUCUAAAAGAUGAUCCACAUAAUAAACUAGAGACUGUGGGGCCUUACAGAUGGUGGUAAAAAUGUAAAGAUGUCUGUCUGAUCUUCAGUAUCAUCUGAUGGUAAAUAGGAAGAAACAAAUGUGACAUGACAGACACUAAUUCAACACAGACUGAAAACACAAUAACACCUCACCAUGGGUGUCGUAAGACUAUUUUUAGGAAUUUUGCUAUGUUAGCUCCAUAAACUGUAUAUACACGGAUUUGUGAUUGCUUCAGUCUCCUUUAAAUUUCAUAUGAAAACAGCAGCAGGGCAGACUUUGGCUCUUCCCUCUCUUUAGACUGUGACUUUCAGAGCGUUCAGCCCAUCUCUGCAAUCCAGUGGAAUACUCCAGAUAAAGUGGUGGAGCUAGAGGGGUGUCCCAGGUGUCCAAAUUUAAUGCGCUACUUCACUCCCUCCAAAAAUUCAUUUUCCGUUAGUUGACUUGUUUAUUUCGACGUGUGGCAAUGCAGCACUUUGUUUUAUACAAAUAUUUAGAAAAUAUUAACCUACGGAAAUGAUUUCAUUGUAGUCUCGAAGAUGGUGCAUAGUAUUUGUCUUUCUGUGGACUGUAUAAAGUCUAUGCCUAUAGAUUAGGCUUUCUUUUUCUCUUUGUACUGUUUUACAACAAAACUCAAUGCCAUGUUUUUAUUCUUGAAGUGAUCUUUUUACUGUAUGAUGAUUAACUGUGUGGGACUGGACUGCCGCCAUGGGCACAUCAUGGCGCUUUCUACCCAUCAAUAGCGCGCGUGCAGUGCAGAGAGCUAAAUGAGUUAAUUUUUGCGUCUUUUUGGUUUAUGGACAAGUACACAUAAACAUGUCUCAAAAGCUG